CUUCGACCAUUGAGCCGACCGUCUAUUUAUAUCCUCGGUCCCUCCUUUCGCCCCCUUUCUCAUUCAUUCCGGCCACUUUCGAACUCCGCCUGCAUCCCCCGAGCGGCCGUGCCUCCCGGCAACUGAUCUCUCCUUUCUCUGGAUGCCUCCAAGGUCCCCUGCAACUCGCCGCUUGUGGAACUCUAGACAUCCCUCAUACCUUCGCUCCUCAGCUACUCGCUCAUUUUCGCAGUCAGGCGCCUUUGCGGCGAUUGCCCCUCAUUUCUCCUCCCCCUCGCCACGCUUCCCCUCGGCUCACGGGCGUCGCUCAUCUCCUGCCGUGCGCUCCUCCCACGCAUUUGUCUCACUCUCCCCCACAACCCGUGCUAGCUUUUCCUCCAGCACCGCGAUCAUGGGAUCCAUCGAGCGCAUCGCUGAGAGCCUGGAGAAGCCGGAACUCGAUGAUCGCUCCUAUCGUGUCAUUCGCCUGCCCAACAGACUAGAGGCCCUUCUGGUGCAUGAUCCGGACACGGACAAGGCCAGCGCGGCCGUCAAUGUCAAUGUUGGCAACUUCUCAGAUGCAGACGACAUGCCCGGAAUGGCACAUGCGGUAGAACAUUUGCUUUUCAUGGGAACCAAAAAGUACCCCAAGGAAAAUGCCUACAACCAGUACCUAGCGUCCCACUCGGGUUCCUCCAACGCCUAUACUGCAGCCACCGAGACAAACUACUUUUUUGAGGUCUCUGCCACGCCUGCCUCCACUGACGAAACGCCCAACAAAGCCGGGCCCAAUGGGUCAUCGAACGACACAGUCGCAGUUCAAGAGUCCAGUCUGCCUGCAUCUCCACUAUAUGGCGCUCUGGAUCGCUUUGCGCAAUUCUUCGUAGAGCCGCUUUUCUUGGAGUCAACGUUGGACCGCGAGCUGCGGGCUGUCGAUUCCGAAAACAAGAAGAACCUACAGAGUGACCUGUGGCGGUUGAUGCAGCUGAGCAAGUCUCUGUCAAAUCCCGGACACCCGUACCAUCACUUCUCCACUGGAAACUUGCAGACUCUGAAAGAGGAGCCGCAAAAGCGGGGACUGGAGGUUCGCAGUGAGUUCAUCAAGUUUUAUCAGGCGCACUAUUCAUCCAACCUCAUGAAGUUGGUGGUGCUGGGACGGGAUUCCCUCGAUGAAAUGGAACAGUGGGUCGGUGAGCUGUUCUCUGAUGUGAAGAACCAGAAUCUCCCUCAGAACCGCUGGGAUGACGCCCAGCCCUGGACGCCGGAGCACCUCGGAAAGCAGAUCUUCGCCAAACCAGUCAUGGACAUGCGCUCUCUCGACAUCUACUUCCCCUUCAUGGACGAAGAGGGAAUGUACGAGUCCCAGCCAAGCCGCUAUCUUAGCCAUCUGAUUGGCCACGAAGGUCCGGGCAGUAUCCUAUCUUACAUCAAGGCGAAGGGUUGGGCGAAUGGCUUGUCCGCAGGCGUGAUGCCCGUCUGUCCGGGUUCGGCCUUCUUCACCAUCUCAAUUCGAUUGACACCGGAGGGUUUGAAACAAUACCGCGAGGUCACCAAGGCGGUCUUCGAAUACAUCGCCAUGAUCAAGGAGGGGGAACCUCAGCAGUGGAUCUUCGAUGAGAUGAAGAAUCUGGCCGAGGUCGAGUUCCGGUUCAAACAGAAGUCUCCUGCCAGUCGCUUCACCAGUCGCCUGAGCAGUGUGAUGCAGAAGCCGUACCCACGAGAGUGGCUGCUUAGCGGCAACCUCCUGCGAAAGUUUGAGCCCGAGUUGGUCACGAAAGCGUUGUCGUACCUUCGACCUGACAACUUCAGAAUGGUCAUUGUCGCCCAGGAUUACCCCGGGGAUUGGAACUGCCGGGAGAAGUGGUACGGUACGGAGUACAAGAUUGAGGACAUCCCAGACGAUUUCAUGGCUAGCAUUCGCAAGGCCGUGGAGACUUCUCCGGAGCAUCGACUGCCUGAGCUCCACAUGCCCCAUAAGAACGAGUUUGUUCCUACCAGGCUCUCCGUGGAGAAGAAGGAGGUAUCCGAGCCGGCUAAGACCCCAAAGCUGAUUUGUCACGAUGAUCACGUCCGCCUGUGGUACAAGAAGGAUGACCGCUUCUGGGUCCCCAAGGCGACCGUCAAUAUCACGUUGAGAAACCCCUUGGUAUGGGCUACUCCGGCCAACCUUGUCAAGGCCAAGUUCUACUGCGAACUGGUUCGUGACGCUCUGACCGAGUACUCUUACGACGCCGAGCUUGCCGGCCUCGACUAUGAGUUGUCUGCCAGCAUCUUCGGUCUUGACAUCAGCGUUGGUGGAUAUAAUGACAAAAUGUCGGUCCUCCUUGAGAAGGUGCUUACAAGCAUGCGGGACUUGGUCGUCAAGCCGGAUCGUUUCAAUAUUAUCAAAGAGCGUCUCACUCGCGGAUAUAAAAAUGCGGAGUACCAGCAGCCGUUCUAUCAGGUUGGCGACUACACCCGCUACCUGACUGCUGAAAGGAAUUGGCUCAACGAGCAGUAUGCGGCCGAAUUGGAGCACAUUGAGGCCGAUGACGUGUCGUGCUUCUUCCCUCAAAUCCUCCGACAGAAUCACAUCGAGGUACUCGCUCACGGUAAUCUGUACAAGGAGGAUGCGCUCCGCAUGACUGACCUGGUGGAGUCGACUCUUCAGAGCCGCACUCUGCCCGAGUCCCAGUGGCACGUCAGACGCAACGUGAUCCUUCCCCCCGGGGCCAACUACAACUACGAGCGCACCCUGAAGGACCCCGCCAACGUCAACCACUGCAUUGAAUACUACUUGUUCAUUGGAAACCUCGAUGACAGCGUUCUGCGGGCCAAGCUUUUGCUGUUCGCUCAAAUGACGGAUGAGCCCGCAUUUGACCAACUGCGGAGCAAGGAGCAACUUGGUUACGUUGUUUGGAGUGGCGCCCGAUACUCUGCGACGACCAUGGGCUACCGGGUCAUCAUCCAGAGCGAGCGCACUGCUCCAUACCUCGAGUCUCGCAUCGACGCUUUCCUGACCGCUUUCAAGAAGUCGGUUGAGAACAUGUCGGAGCAAGAAUUUGAAAGCCACAAACGCAGCGUUGUCAACAAGAGAUUGGAGAAGCUUAAGAACCUGAACUCCGAGACCAACCGGUUCUGGUCUCACGUUGGCUCAGAAUACUUCGAUUUCGUGCAGAACGAGGUAGACGCCGCGAACGUCAGGACUUUGGCCAAGGCCGACAUCCUGCAAUUCUACCAGCAGUUCAUCGACCCCCGGUCCGCCACGCGGGCUAAGCUGGCGAUUCACCUUAAAGCCCAGGCUGGUGCGCACGCACAUGCCACCAAGCCUCAGGAGCAGAAGUCCCAGCUGGUUUCGUUUUUCGGAAAUCAAUUGGAGGCAGCAGGCUUUGCCGUGGACACGGAUCGGCUGAAUGCUGCUUUUGAGACCGUCGAUGUGUCGAGCGGCGACGAAGCUCAGAUCCUCGCCACUCUCAAGGCGUUCUUGGAGUCCGGCAUGAGCCUUUCUGAGCAGCAGGCGAAGCCCGUCCUCGAGCAGGUCGAGGCCAACCUGGGCAUCCAAUUGAAACAGGCGGGCAUUGAGGCCAAGAAGAGCGAUGGAGAAGCCGCCAAGUCGAACGGGGUUGUCAAUGGCACGAAUGAAGACAUCCAGCCCCCCACAUACAUCAGCAGCGUCGCCGAGUUCAAGGCCCGUCUGGCCGUUAGCGCUGGACCCAGCCCGGUGACGGACCUCAGCGAGUUCGAGGACUUUGACGCCAAGCUCUAAAGUAGACAUACAUGGUUUGGAUAAACGGUCGAGGAAUCGCCGUACCGAUAGACAUGAUGCUUAUUGCUGUGAUUCUGUAUUGGCGUGUGUGAUGUAUGAUGCAUGUUGCAUGGUGCAUGGACGGGAUGGAGCAGUCUGUUUGGGGUUGGUGAUGAUCGUAGAUUUAUUGGAUACGCAGAUACAGGGAAAUAGAAGCAUGAAAUGAAAUGAAAUGAUA